UACAAUUGGGUGUCCUGCUCCCGAGCACACCUUAUAAUUGCCGUCGCCACGUCUCUUUGAUUUCCCAAUUUAUGAUGAACAGCAACUGAAUUGCUCUCUGCGUCUGCGCAUAAAUUCCAUAGAUUUUUUGCAAAAAGUCUGACAGAUUACUCGAAAUAGGCUACCCCCAACACUAACAAAGAAAGAGGGAGGAAGAAUGGACGAAGAAACACGUAACAAAAUCGAGGAGACGGUUUUGGAAAUCCUCAAAAAUUCAAACAUGGACGAAACCACCGAAUUCAAAAUCCGCAAAUCCGCCUCCGAGAAGCUAGGAAUGGACCUCUCCGACCCUACCCGGAAGAAGCUCGUCAGGGGGAUCGUGGAGACGUACCUUACCGAACAACAGGCUAAAGCGGAGGAAGAAGCCGAAGAGGAAGAGGAGGAAGACGGCGGCAGAAAGCCAGGCGAAAAGGAGUACGAUGACGAGGGCGGCCUCAUUGUUUGCCGCUUAUCUGACAAGAGAAGAGUGACACUCUCUGAAUUUAGAGGGAAGACUCUGGUUUCCAUGAGGGAGUAUUACAAGAAAGAUGGCAAAGAACUUCCAACAGCCAAAGUAUGUGUGCAGGAAUAAGCUUGACAGCCGAGCAGUGGGCCUCCUUCUAUAAGAAUGUACCUGGUAUAGAGAAGGCCAUCAAGAAGAUGGAAUCGAGAUGAACUACUUGUGUCUCGUCCAAUGUAAGAGACCCUGUUUUGAUCUCCAGCUUCAGGUGCUACUGCUAGCUAUCAGUGCAUAUGAUAUGUCAUUUUGCUCUCUAGAGACUCUUUUAAGCUAUUAUGUAUCAUUCCUCCUAACAUUGUUUUGUUACAACAAGAAUCGAGUCAGUUUGCUGAGACAAUAGAUGGAGUUUAUCA